AUGACCACCGUGUCGACGCUCUGGGCCUUCCAGGCCCAUCCUAUUACACGCGAGUAUCGCACACGCUCGCAGCGUCGUGGGGCAGAUACAGAUACCCCGGAGCUGGAGGUCGACUCGUCAGACGACGCGCUUGACGAGCUAGCCGACGAAGGUGCACUGCCUCGCGACGUAGGCACAAGCCACGCCUCGCGCCCGAGCUCCACGGCAGCAGAGCAGGUAGAAGACCGGCGGUGGCUACGCACGACCAAUGUCGUAGCGCGUGCCGGCUCGACGCAGCAGACGGCUGAGCUGCGUACACAGCAACGUGCCGUGCAAGAGGCGCGACGUGCGGCGCGAGGCGAGCACCUUCCGUGGCGCGGAGACGCCGCCGAAAGCGCACGGCUGCUGCGUGUACUCAAAGGACUUCCGCCGCUAGGCAGCACGGCUGACGCCGACCAGCUGAGUGACUGGGAAGAUGCGCUGGAAGGGGCCAAGGUGCAACGUGUACGCUACGGCGAAAAAGACAUUGUACAGAUCGGGCGGCGGCGGACGCUCGCCGAGGAGGAGAUGAGCCACCACGAAGACGAGAUCCAGCGGCACGUAAACCUCGGCGUGCCAAGCGUGCCCGACAUCUCUCUUCCCAGCGAGCUCUAUGGCUCCUACGACGAUGGACUCGUGGCCGAGACGUCGAACUGGACAGACUCACGCUCGAUGGUCCUCGAAGACCCCCGCUCCACGCGUCCUCGACGCUCGCUUCCGCACCGUUGGACGCCGCAGCGGGCACCAGCCAAUGCGGCCGCUGCUGCGGCGCUCGAUGCGAUUGCGCGGCAGCAGACGAUUCAAGCGUCGCCUCUCGCGGUCCAAGAGGAGGACCUAGAUGCAGAUGUAGAAGACUUGGACUAG